GGUUGCUUAGGCCGACGGGGAGUUCUUCUGUUUCUCCGGCUCAACCUCGGCCUCCACAAGCCAUGGCGGGUCGAGAGGUCCUGAUGCUUGAGGCGCCGCUGGACCCAUCGCGCGAGGGUUGGUCCGUUAUCAACCAGAAGGAGUUUAUCGAUGCAUUGCCCUACAUAGACGACGACUAUGGAGAUCCCAAGGUGAAGGCGGAAGUCGACACGCUCGUCGAGGCCGAAAUGCGCAAGAGCGUCAAGAAGCCCGCCGAUUUCCUCAAGGAUCUCCCUCCUCUUCUCAACUUCGACUUCGAGAAUCACCCCAUGCUUGCUAGAGAGUAUGACCGUGUAAGAGCUGGCAAGCCUCCUGCAACUUUGGAGAUGUCACGUUAUGGUUUAGAGCCACCUCCAUUGAAUAAACGUAAUGAUGUGACUGCUUGGAGGCAAGCUGUAAGAAAUGGUGAAAGUCUAGUGCAACAUCAAAUCAUACGAAUUGAAAACCUGGAGCUAAUGUUAAAGCACGGCACUGAUCUCUCCAAACUACACAACAAGGUAAUGGAGACCUUUUUGUCCAGGUAUAAUCUCUUCCUCGCUUUUUUUGUGUGGCUCUUUUGGCACUAA